AAUCCUUUUUAAGUUAAAAGGAAUUGUAAAUAUGAAAUAUCUUCAUAAUAUGAUCACUUUUUCUCAAAACAAGUGUCUGAAUAGAAGCUUAUCAAGCUUUUAUAAAUAUGGUAGAUAUUUUUCAACAAAGAAUUGUUACAUGAGAAGCAAGUUGGAUGCUGUAAAAUACAUAACUUGUCAGAGAAAUCUGAACAUUGUAGGACUCCGAAGGUUUACUCACUUGUGCAGCUUGACUAUUGUAAAUCUUUCAUUCUCUGAAAAUAUAUAUAUUUCAUUUGUAACCAGCACAAAAUUCCCUGGUCAGUACAAAAUGUCAGCCAUAAACAGUUCUCUUCCUGCAGUGUGUAUGAUCAAGGGAAGUCGUAGUUUUUUUUCUGGUCGCCAGACUUGGAAGUACCAGAGUGAUAUUAAUGACCCAGACAACAUUGAUGAAUGUGAAGACAAAAUGGAAGAUAUUGACAAAGAAGAAUAUGAUGACAUGGUCACACGAAUGCUCCAUUUACCAGAUAUGGGGCAUCAAGUACUUGUUGUUCAGCCAUAUGUAAAAUGGGGCUCUGAUAAGAAACGCAAUACCACUCCUGAACUCCAGCUGGCCGAAGCCGUUGCUCUUGUUGACACGUUACCAAAAUGGAAAGUUGUCGAUAAAGUAAAGACAGCACUUCACUCUUUAGGAAGAAAAACUAUGUUUGGAACAGGAAAUUUAGAAAUGCUGAAAGAAAGAAUCCGCAGAGACAAACAAAUAACAGCAAUUUUUAUUAGUACAGAUGUUUUACGAGGACUACAGCAUAGAGAAUUGGAAGAGGUAUUUGGGGUACCUGUUUAUGAUCGCUAUAUGGUGGUAAUUCAGAUAUUCAAAGAGCAUGCUGUUAGUAAGGAAGCUAAACUCCAGAUUGCCAUGGCUGAGAUUCCCUACUUAAGGAUGAGAUUGAAAGGCCUAAUUGAAGGGGCUGUAGAUCAUCAGGGAGCUGGCAUGGCAGCUAUCGGAGGUGCCGGUGAAACUCUGUUUGAAGUUCGGAAAAGGAUCCUGAACACACGAGAAAUUAAGCUGAAACACAUGUUGGAGAAACUACGCAAUCAGAGGACACUUUUGCGUAAGAAACGCCAUAAACUUGAGUAUCCAGUAAUUGCUGUUGUUGGAUACACAAAUUCUGGUAAAACUUCUUUGAUAAAGGCUCUGACUGGAGAGAGAGAUUUGGAACCCAAGGAUCAUCUUUUUGCUACAUUAGACGUAACAGCUCAUGGUGGUGAAUUGCCAUCUCGUCUGAAGGUGCUGUAUGUGGAUACAGUAGGCUUCAUUUCCGACAUUCCUUCCCACCUCAUUGAAUCGUUUGUGGCUACAUUAGAGGAUGCUAUGCUUGCAGAUGUUAUUAUUCAUUUAUGUGAUAUCAGCCAUCCUGAUUGCAAAGCGCAAGCAGAGACAGUAACAAAAACUCUAAAAAUAUUGAACCCGAGUUCAAAUCUGCUAGACAACAUACUUGUCGUGGGAAAUAAAAUAGAUCUUCUGCCAGAAAGAACUCAAAUCCAAGAUCUAAAUUGUAAUGUACUUGUAUCAGCUGUCACCAACCAGGGCUUACAUGAUUUAAUAGUGCAGCUUGAUAAAACUAUACUUAAAGCAACUGGAAGGCGUUCUGUAGUUAUACGGGUGAAAAUGGGUGGUGAAGAAGUAAGUUGGCUGUACAAGUACGCAGCAGUGACAGGUGUUACAACUGAUUCUAAAAACAGCAACUAUCUUCUUAUGAAGGUUGUGAUAUCUGAAGCACAACUGAGCAGGUUUCAGCAUAUUUUCAUUAAGAGGUGAUUAGUAUAUCUAUGUGUGGAGAAUGUUUUCUACCUGAAAUCAGGAUUUUGUUGUGUGUGAAGUAUGAAAAAUCAUGUAACUCCUCCCUUGAAGUUUAUGAAUUUGUUUGUAAUUGAAUAACCAUGGUAUUAUGUUAUUUAAAUGAAGGGUAACAGGUAGUGUAAGAUGUUUAAAUUUGUAAAAUUAAAACAUUACAUUUAAGUAAACGUGGCUAAACCUUU